AUGGGAUCUUCAGAAUUACGACGCACAGCACUAAAACGACUUUUUAAGGAGAUUCGAGCAUUCGACUCAUCGGCAGGCUUGAAAUUGCUCCAACCAGUUCAGGAUGAUAUGAGAAUCAUUUACAUUGACAUCAGUGUUUUGGAUAACCCAGAUAUAUACCCUAAAAGUCAGGUGUAUAGACUCUUGGUGAAGCCAUCCUCAACAUAUCCAUUUGAUCCGCCAGAAGUAAAAUUCAUAUCCUACGACAAAUUUACACAUACUAAAUAUCCAAUCCCAGUGCAUCCACACAUAUACUCAAAUGGGCACAUUUGCUUGAAUAUAUUGUAUGACGGUUGGUCCCCUGCAAAUACUCUCAACAGUAUCGGAUUGUCAAUUCAAAGUAUGCUCUCGGGUAAUAGUGUUAAUUCACGACCUGUGGAUGAUGAUGAAUAUUGUCGUAUUGCUCCUUCUAACCCAUUGAUGAGCAAAUGGCAGUUCGAUGAUGAUACUGUGUAG